AUGCAUUCACAGUUUUCUGCAGUUAGUUCACGUGCAUUUCUUACUAUUAUUUUGGUUACAUGUAAUAUAGGUUCUACCCUUUGCAUUGGAAGCGAGUGGCACCGUUUUCCAUCAUCCUUUUUUGUUCCUGAUUAUGUGAGUGAGGUUCAGUGGAUAGAUGACGGGUUCAGAGGUCUUCUCCCUUUUCCAUUUAACUCUACUUUGGGCGGAACAUCAGCAGCACCAUCUUAUUUCAACAACAAGAACAAGACAUCAGAUCAACAAUAUGUAAUUUGUUUCUUGCUCACUUUCUCAUCAGUAACACCUUUUCUCACUUAA